AUGGUUCAUUGUUCUGCUGUAUGGUUGGAUAAUGAUCUAGAAAGUUUAAAAUCCAUUUGGAUGGAUAAAGACACGUUAAGCCAAAAUUUACACAUUUCAGCCACUACUUAUUUUCUUAUUAUACCGAAUGUUACAUUUUCUGUAUCAAUUGAAGCAAAUUGUUUUCUUCUCGGUUUACCCUUUCAACAUGGUGAUAUUUUACAUGUUGUCAACGCCAGUGAUCGUGAAUGGUGGCAGGCUAGACAAAUUUCAUUGCCGUCAGAUUUCCAAACUGCCAUCUCCCUAAAUUCAUCCUAUCUACCGGAUACUACUACUACUAAUAAUAAUAAUAAUACUAAUGAUAAUAACAAUAAUAAUAAUGAUAGUAUGAGUACACAAACGCCUGGACUAACUACAACCACGGGAUUGGGUGAAAACAAUCCUGUCACAACUGGUAAUAGUAAUGAAAAGAAUAAUAAUGGAAUUACACUUCCUAAUACUGGCAUUGCUGGUAAUACAUUAAGAAACAAUUCUCUUGACAUCAAUACAAAAGAUCACAUUCCACUUAUGUCGAUUACAUCAGAAACCAACAAUGGUCAAUUUGAUGGUAAUAAGAAAAAAAGAGCAAGUAGUUUAACUAGGAAUUUAUUGAAAUGCUUUACUCAUCGUCCUGUUAAAAAUGAUUCAAUUGGUCCAAUGACUGUAACCAGAACAGGAUCUUUAGAUGGAGUUAAUCAAAAAGAUCGACUACCUAAUAUUCGGAGCUAUGAUGUUGUUAUCCCAGUCAAAAUUUCCAUGGCACGUCCUUUAAUCCUCAUUGGUCAGUUAAAAGAUCGUGUCAUUGAUGAAUUAUUAUUACAGAAUUCUAAAUUCACAACAUGCAUACUACAUACCAGUAGACCACAGCGACCAAAUGAGGUUAAUGGUGUGGAUUAUCACUUUGUCACAUCGAAAUCAAUCAUGGAAGAGGAUAUCAAAGAAGGCAGAUAUAUUGAAGUGAAUCGUUUUCAAGAUCAUUACUAUGCAACGAGUUUAGAAUCUGUUCGUUCUAUCCUACAAUCGGGUAGAAUUUGUAUCUUAGAUGUUGAAAUUGAUACAGCCAAAUAUUUGGAGGAAAUUGGUCUGUUCCCUAUUACCAUACUUAUGAAACCUAGGUCUCUUGCCCACUUACGGGCGUUACAACGCCGGUUAACUGAAGACCAAGCCAAACGAUCAAUGGAGCAGAUAGAGCGUAUUGAAGAUGAAAAUUGGCGAUUCCUUUCAGCUAUUAUAACAUAUGACAAUAUCGAGAAUCUAUUAUCUUCAGUUAACAAAUAUGUUGAAAAUCAUGUUGGUCCUAUAAUUUGGGUACCAUCUGCAUUAUCUACCCGUGCUCAUGCUCAGUGUUUAACUAGUCCAUCAAUUAUUGAUAAUCAUGAUCAAUUAUUGUCAACUCGAAGUAAUAAUGAUCACAAUUAUAUUAUCAAUGGUAGUGGUAGUAGUAGAAGUAGUAGUGUCUUACCGCCAGCAUCAUCAUCAUCCUUUGUCAAUUCCACUGUUUAUCCAAUACAAUACAACAAUCGUAACUAA